GGCCCCUGCUUGGCGGAAGUGGCAGGGGCUGUGUGCGCCUGCCCUGUCUGACUGGGGCCAAGCCCCACUCGCUGCCCUGUUCGGUGAGUUGGAGCCCUGCUGGGAAGUCCCCCCUGCCCCUCUUUGCCCCCCUCAGGAACAGAAGGGAUGCCCUUCUGCUUCCUGGGUUUCAAAAACAGCAGGCGUCACUUCCUGUGCCGGAGUGACAGGGCCUGAGGAAGGCGGGGAGAUGCCCCCGUUACUGCUCUGGGUGGUGUGGUGGGUUGCCAGGCAGUAGAGUGGAUAUGGAGACCCAGAGCCACCCACGGUGGUUCUGAACAGGAGUCCUUUGGCAGACAGAUCAGGGGCAAAAAUCACAGUGACCCGGGGACAAUGGGGAAACCGAGGGACAGAACUGGACAGUAACUCAGACACCAGGAGCUGCCCGGUGUGGAGCUGAGUGCUCAGGUCUGGACUCAGCUGGCCCAGGGUGCAAAUCCACUAUACAUUCCUGACUGUGUGACUUUGACAGGAACUAGACAGGAGCCUGCAGGGGUCUCCACAGAGGCCAUCAAGAUGUCAUAUUUUGGGGAGCAUUUUUGGGGGGAGAAGAACCAUGGCUUUGAGGUUCUAUAUCACAACGUGAAGCAAGGACCCAUCUCCACCAAGGAGCUGGCGGACUUCAUCCGGGAGAGGGCCACUAUCGAGGAGACCUAUUCGAAAGCGAUGGCAAAACUUUCCAAGCUGGCCAGCAACGGGACCCCCAUGGGGACCUUUGCCCCACUCUGGGAGGUCUUCCGUGUCUCCUCGGACAAGCUGGCACUCUGCCACCUGGAGCUGACUCGGAAGCUGCAAGACCUCAUCAAGGAUGUGCUCCGCUACAGCGAGGAGCAGCUCAAGAUGCAUAAGAAGUGCAAAGAGGAAGCAGUGGGCACACUGGACUCGGUGCAGGUCCUCACAGGCGUCAGCCAGCUCCUGCCCAAGGCCCGAGAGAACUAUCUGAACCGGUGCAUGGACCAGGAGCGGCUGCGAAAGGAGAACACAAGCCAGAAAGAGAUAGACAAGGCGGAGACUAAAACCAAGAAGGCCGCAGAGGGCCUACGGCGCUCCGUGGAGAAGUACAACUGCGCACGUGCUGACUUUGAGCAGAAGAUGCUGGACUCAGCCCUGCACUUCCAAGCCAUGGAAGAGACCCACCUGAGGCAUAUGAAGGCGCUGCUGGGCUCCUACGCCCACUCGGUGGAGGACACUCAUGUGCAGAUUGGGCAGGUUCACGAGGAGUUUAAGCAAAAUAUAGAGAACAUCAGUGUGGAAAUGCUGCUGAAAAAGUUUGCAGAAAGCAAGGGCACGGGCCGGGAGAAGCCUGGGCCUUUGGACUUUGAGGCAUACAGCGCAGCUGCCCUGCAGGAAGCGAUGAAACGUUUGCGGGGAGCCAAGGCCUUUCGCCUUCCAGGACUGAGCCGGAGGGAGCGCGAGCCACCUACAGCUGUAGACCCCGUGGAGCCUGACGCCCAGCCGUGUCCGGAGGUGGAUGAAGAAGGCUUCACUGUCCGGCCUGAUGUGACCCAGAACAGCACAGCUGAGCCCUCCCGCUUCUCGUCCAGCGACUCGGACUUUGACGACGAGGAGCCACGCAAGUUCUACGUGCACAUCAAGCCCGCCGCAGCCCGGGCCCCAGCCUGCAGCCCCGAGGCAGCUGCCGCGCAGCUCAGGGCCACGGCGGGCAGCCUCAUCCUCCCUCCGGGCCCAGGGGGCACCAUGAAGCGCCAUUCUUCCCGGGACGCUGCUGGGAAACCACAGAGGCCUCGGUCUGCCCCAAGGGCCAGCAGCUGCACGGAGAAGCUGCAAUCAGAUGAGCAGUUUUCUAAGAACCUCUUUGGGCCACCCCUAGAGUCAGCCUUUGACCACGAAGAUUUUACAGGGUCCAGCAGUCUGGGCUUUACCUCCAGCCCCUCGCCUUUCUCCUCCUCAUCUCCAGAGAACGUGGAGGACUCUGGCCUGGACUCCCCAUCUCACACAGCACCAGGCCCCUUCCCCGAAUCCUGGGUCCCCCGCCCGGGCACCCCACAGAGCCCACCUAGCUGUAGGGCGCAGCCACCUGAGUUGAGGGGAACACGGCCCCUGCUGUCCUCGGAUUCGCCACAGCCCCUGGCAUCGUCCCCAGGCCCCUGGGGGCUGGAGGCCGUGGCUGGAGGAGAGCCAAGGCCGGUACCUGCCGACCCCACGGCCAUGGAGGGCCUGGCAGCCCCACCCCGGAGGCCCCGCUCCAGGAAGGUGUCCUGCCCCCUCUUGGGCAGCAACGGGGAUCUGUCUCAUUCUCUGAGUCCCUCCCCACUCGGCUCUUCAGUGCCCUGCACUGGCCCAGAACGUUCCAACUUCUCAUCGCAGACAGGUCACGGGAUCUCCCGGGGCCCAAGCCCUGUGGUCCUGGGCUCCCAGGAUGCCCUGCCCGUGGCCACCGUCUUCACCGAGUACGUCCACGCCUACUUCCGUGGCCACAGCCCCAGCUGCCUGGCUCGAGUAACUGGGGAGCUGACCAUGACCUUCCCAGCUGGCAUCGUGCGUGUAUUCAGCGGGACCCCGCCCCCGCCCGUCCUCAGCUUCCGUCUGGUGCACACAGCCCCCAUUGAGCACUUCCAGCCCAGCGCCGAUCUCCUCUUCAGUGACCCCUCGCAGAGCGACCCUGAGACCAAAGACUUCUGGCUCAACAUGACAGCCCUGACUGAAGCGCUGCAGCGCCAGGCAGAGCAGAACCCAGCCGCCUCCUACUACAACGUGGUGCUGCUGCGGUACCAGUUCUCCCGCCCGGGGCCCCAGUGUGUGCCUCUGCAGCUGAGCGCCCACUGGCAGUGCGAGGCGACCCUCACUCAGGUCUCGGUGGAAUACAGCUACCGGCCGGGUGCCACGGCAGUGCCUACGCCGCUCACCAAUGUCCAGGUCCUGUUGCCUGUGGGGGAGCCUGUGACCAAUGUCCACCUGCAGCCAGCCGCUGUCUGGAACCUGGAUGAGAAGCGGUUCCUAUGGAAGCUUCCGGAUGUGUCCGAGGCAGGGGGCUCCGGUCGCCUGUCUGCCAGCUGGGAGCCGCGCUCAGGGCCCAGCACUCCCAGCCCCGUGGCCGCUCAGUUCACCAGUGAAGGGGCCACUCUGUCCGGCGUGGACCUGGAGCUGGUGGGCAGUGGCUACCGCAUGUCACUAGUAAAAAGAAGGUUUGCCACAGGUAGGCCCCACCCCGCUACUGCCGCGCCCCUGCGAGCCAGGGCACAGGAGUUGUGGGAGGCAUUUGGGGUGUUUGGAAGGGAUAGGUGGUUAUUGGGGUAUGAAGAUCCAGGAUGGGGGUGGCGACCCAGGCAGGGAGGGAUGGCCAAGACCCCCGUGGGAGGGGUCAAAAAGGAAGAUGAAUGUUUCUGGGUUGUCCCCUGGAGGCUGGGUGUUCUUGCAAGGAUCCGAGGCCUGGAGCCUGAAGCCCCGCAGCAGCGACACCCUCACUCCAUUCGCCGGCCCCUCAAGGAGUGGCUGGGGCCCACGGGGCAGUGAGUUAAGGGGCGUUUUGAGAAAGAUUGGGGGAUCCCAGGGUAGAAACAAGUGACCCUUCCCCACUCACGGCCCUGCCCCCCCCCCCCCCCAGGAGUGUACCUGGAGAGCUGCUGAGCCCGGGAGGCUGACCAGCCCGCUGGCCCCAGCUCUGCACCGAGUCCUGGUGCUGGGUGACUGGCCCCUGCCUGCUUGCCGGGCCCAGGGGUCCGCACCUGGCCUCCUCUGAGGCCCUGACUCUGUGAAGAGGAGCCCCACACCCAGCCUGGCUGAGCCUGAGAUUCAUUCCUGCUCAUACCAAUUCCCACACAGGCCCUUGGACUUUUAAUGUUCUUUGAAUAAACACUUUAUUUUCUAAUAAAAUAA